CGCGCCGCUCAGAUGUUAGUCCCGUCGGGUGUGCUACUGCCGUCCACGCGGACGUCAGGUCCUCCGCGAACGCCUUCCGCGGGCAAGCGCCGCAGAGCGGGUAACUAGCGAACAAGAAUGCGUUAGAAAAGGUCGGCGGAUUGUCGUUGUGCCAUGUCUUCCGUCGUUUCCGGGUUCGUGACGGUGACCGUGCAGCAGGGCGACCUGCGUGGGCGUUCCCGCAAAACGCCCAGUGGGAAGGACUUCCUCAGCUUCCAGGGCGUGCCCUAUGCCAAGCCUCCAGUCGGGGAUCUUCGCUUCAAGGCCCCGCAGCCAGCCGAGCCGUGGGCGGGCGUCCGCGACGCCACGCGUCCGGGCAGCCCCUGCCUGCACCUCAACACCCUGGUGAAGCGGCUGGUGGGCAGCGAGGAUUGCCUCUUCCUGAACGUGUUCACGCGCCGCCUGCCCACCGCCAGCCUCGAACCGCGGGCCGUGAUGGUGUGGAUCCACGGGGGAGGCUUCACAGAGGGCUCCGGCAACGACUGGGGGCCGGAGCACUUCAUGGAGCACGACGUGGUGCUCGUCACCUUCAACUACCGCCUGGGGCCUCUGGGAUUCCUGAGCCUGGGGACGAAGGAGUUGCCAGGCAAUGCUGGUCUGAAGGAUCAGGUGCUGGUUCUCCGCUGGGUGCGGGAUAACAUUGCCGUGUUCGGAGGGGACCCCCACAACGUCACGCUCUUCGGGGAGAGCGCGGGCGCUUCCUGUGCUCACCUGCACUGGAUGUCCCCGCUGUCCAAAGGGCUGUUUCGGCGCCUGAUCUGCUCGAGCGGUUCCGGCUUGUGCUGGUGGAGCAUCUCCAGGGACAGCGUGGGGCGCGCCAAGCGCCUGGCCCUGGCCGCCGGGUGCGACGCAGCCAUCCUGGACGAUUGCGAGGCGCUCGUUCAGUGGCUACGAGAGGUGCAGGCGCAGAAGCUGCUGCAGGCAGUGAAGUCGGCCAGGACGAGGGUGGAGCGGUUGAGCUACACCAGCUUCCCGUUCGUGCCGGUCGUGGAGCCCGAGCACCCGGGCGCCUUCCUCACCAAAGACCCUCACCAGGUGGUGGCGGAGCGGCUGGCUGACAGAUGCCGACCAAUGCCCAUCCUCUUGGGGCUGAUGUCGCACGAAGGGAUACUUCGGUUACCGGGUGUUCUUUCUCCAGAAGCUUGGGCGCGCACGGAUGAAAACUUUCAAUAUCUCUUGCCUUACGACGUGCUGGCAGACCCCAGGGACACAGAGAGAACUAAAGAAGUAUGCCAGCGCAUCAAAGACUUCUACAUGGCAGGCAAGAAGCUCUCGGAGGAGACAGCAGAGGGUUACGUGCAUUUCUCAACAGACAUGAUGUUUGCGCAUGCGCUGACCACGACGGCGCGAAUACAUUCCCGGCUGGGCGCGCCGGUGUACCUGUUCGAGUUCGCGUACGUCGGGCGCCUCAACGUGUUCGGGCCGCUGUACGGGGCGCAGCGCGUGCCCGGUGCCUGCCACGCCGACGACCUGGGCUACCUCUUCCACCUGGACCGCCUGCCGCCCGUCGAGGACAGCAGCCCCGAGGCGCGCGUGCGCCGCCGCAUGGUGCGCAUGUGGGUGCACUUCGCGCAGACCGGGAAUCCGACUCCAGCACUGAAUGAAGAAAUAACCCUGAAAUGGGAGUUAUUUUCGGAAGCGGAACCCAACUACUUACAAAUGAGUCAUGAACUGACGCUCAACUCUGGCCUUUUAAAAGAGCGCAUGGAAUUUUGGGAUAAUUUGUACAAAAAUGAAGGGACUCACAGACGCUAUUUAGACAAUCAAAUUGAUUCAAAUGUAUGGAGAAAAUGGUCGUCAAACUUAUAAUGACCAACUGAUAAUCUAGAGAAGGUCCUGAACUUCCGAAUGUGAAGGGAAUUUGUUUCAAAAAAGAUUAAUAAAAUGAACGCCGAGCCCCCACAUGAUCGACUUGCUCGAGCCGAGCCCCCACAUCAUCGACUUGCUCGAGCCGAGCCCCCACAUCAUCGACUUGCUCGAGCCGAGCCCCCACAUUUCCCUCGACUUGCUCGAGCUGAGCCCCACAUCAUACGACUCUGCUACGAGCCGAGCCCACACCAUAUCGACCUUGCUCGAGCCCAGCCCCCACACAUCGACUGCUCGAGCCGAGCCCCCACAAAUCAUCGACUUGUCGAGGCCGAGCCCCCACAUCAAUCGACUUGCUCGAGCGAGCCCCACUACAUCGACUUGCUCAGAGCCGAGCCCCGCACAUCAAUCGACUUGCUCGAGCGAGCCCCCACAUGCAAUCGACUUGCUCGAGCCGAGCCUCCACAUCAAAUCGACUUGCUACGAGCGGCCCCACAUCAUCGCUUGCUCGAGCCGAGCCCCCCACAUCAUCGACUUGCUCGAGCCGAGCCCACAUGCAAUCGACUUGCUCGAGCGGAGCCCCCACAUCAUCGACUUGCUCGAGCGGAGCCCCCACAUCCAUCGACUUGCUCGAGCCGAGCCCCACAUCAUCGAACUUUGCUUCGAGCCCGAGCCCCAUCAUCGACUUGCUUCGAGCCGAGCCCCCACAUCAUCGACUUGCUCGAGCGAGCCCCCACAUCAUCGACUUGCUCGAGCGAGCCCACAAUCCAAUCGACUGCUCGAGCCGAGCCCCCACAUCAUUAG